GUCUACGAAGCGAUAUUGAUAUUCAUAUGGAGAUAUACACUCUCACGACGUUAAUCCAUUUACGCACCUAAAAUACUAACAAGGUCAGAUGAUUGAUGUGAAAGAAUUUGAACCGUGUCUCUAGAUGCUGAGUUGUGUAGAUUGGAUUUGCUCAGGCUCUUUCUCUUUGCGAUGUCACGAAACCAUGGGUUUGUUUGACAAGCUACACUCACUUUUGUUUCAUUGGACGCUAUCCCUCCACCUGACCUCCCUGCCAGAGAGGCAAUAGCAUCUCCCAUAUGUCAGAGCCUCCUCAUCGGACCGGUCAUUACCCUGACCUUCACAGUCUGCAACAUGGGGACCCUGUGGAAGUUCAAAUACCUCUUGGUUAUCGGUCUGCACACAGCAUGCGGCGUGGUCGUAAACACUACUGACCGGACGGUAAUUGAAGGACCAAACCCAGUCGACGUUACCUGCUCCUUCAGUUUGUCUGAAGCGGAGGAAGUGGACUAUGUAUAUAUUGACACGUACGUAGACAGUAUUGGUUAUGUGGAUCUGGUGAUGUUCUGGCCCCUCAACAACACAGCGGAGUACCUGCCCGGGGGAGCCUGGAUGAGGAACAGGACGACCCUGGUGGUGGAAGGGGAUCGGGUGGCUCUCAGGUUUAACCUGGUGGAGUGUGGAGACGCCACCAGCUACUACUGCAACGUCCAGACCAAUGUGACAUACGCCUAUGAAGGCAUGGACCUACAUGUUGUAGGACCAAUAUCCAAACCAAAAAUAUUACUGCCUACCGAUUGCUAUGACGAGGGCCAGGGCCUAGAUGUUGCCUGUUUGGGAGCAGUACGAGGCUCUGAUACCGAGUUUAGGUGGUAUGGUUAUCGGGAAGGUCGUGCCCCUGUUGACCUGACGCCCUAUGCUGAUCCUGGUGCUCCCUAUCAACCGGAUGGAAGCUGUGGAUACAGACUGGUCAGUCAUCUGAGGGUCAACGUGACGAGCGAGGACGACGGCAUGGUCCUGCGCUGUGUUGUGAGCGAUCAGACAGAGGGCUUGUCGCCAUCCCCUGGGGAUCCCUGCGGUGAAUACUGCACUGACACAGACAAUCUCACAAUGUCAGGGCGCCCCUCCACCCCUACAUUGACUGUGAGUAGAACAUCGGGAUGUGUUGGUGAUAUCGUGACCUUCCAGUGUUCUGGACCCGUCGGAGGUCCAUCUGCUUCCUUCACGUGGACCUCACGCCGGCCGGGGCAGGUGCCCGUCGACCUGACAUCUCUAGCUGACUCAGGGUAUUCCCACCGACGUCAGGGGUCUUGUACAUAUGAGAGGCAGAGUCGCCUCACCCUGACCCUGGUGCAGGCAGACCAGGAGAUGUCGGUGAGAUGCGAGGUGUCUCACCCAUCUCUCAGCAUCUCAGCAGGAGAGAGCUGUGGGCUAUACUGUGCGGAAUCAGAGAGGAUCACUCUUAAGGGGGUGACGACGUGUGGCUGUUCCCAAAAUCCCGUCAACGGCUUCAUCCUCGUGUGCUCCCUGUUGCUGGUACGACUACGUCACAACUGGAUGCUUGUGUGACACACACAAACUGUAUAUACACACACACAUAUAUAUAUACAUCCAGAGAACAUUAACAUCGGUACAGAACACUAUUUAUUGUAAAAUGAUUGGGAGCCUGUGUUCUAUUUUCAUUGGUUGCUAAAGGUUGUUGAAUAGCCUUUUUUACAGAUUACAAAUAUUUUUCUCGACAAGUUUUAUUCUUAAUCCCAAAUUUAAAACGAAACAUGCCAUCGAUACUAUAUUCAUUAAAGAUUCAAUUUGAUUCGA